CUACUACUUACGUGGGGUGAUGAUACUGCGGAGUACUUUACUCUGUGGUAGACUCCUCCUUCCGGCCAGUCACUGGCAUGGGUCGGGCCAACGGCGGCCACGGAUCUAGGCAGCAAGGUGCGCUCGCCGACUGUGUACGGAGUACAGUAAGGUACACACCCAUCCAUCGGAUGUCCGUCCGAGCAAUUCAAAUACCUGCUGCGCGAGGUGGUACGGGGCAUUUGCUGUCGUGCAACUCCUGCCUCGAUUUGAUCCCAAAAAUGGCGGUCGCAUCGCCCGCAGAGACCAGCUAUAUAGCUACUUCACCUAUCGAUGAUGAUCGACGGUCUCUCAUUAUUAUCAGAGAACACAAGCUUUUCGAUCACCGUCAGCUCGAUUACGACAUGUGUUCCAUGCUCCGGACUGUGUAUGAAAUGCUGGGUUGCACCAUCGCCCCCUGUCAGCAGGCCAUAUCGCCAAGUAUGCAGACCCGAGAAUGCCUUGCUACGAGUCAGGCCAGCGGGGUUUUGACGGAUGGAAGGAGUGGCUGGCUGAUAAUUCCUGCUUACCAGGAACAUUGUCCCAGAGCUAUGGACCCAAAGGCCUUCCUUCGGUCGCAUUGUGCGUUGCCCUAGCACCGGAGACUGUCAGUUGAGAUACAACUAGACGAGCGUACGGAUCGGGGCGCCGUCGAUGAAGCUCA